UCCCUCCAGAGCUUGUGGGCACAGUCCAUAAGCACUAGCGGGGCUUCCAGAAAGAAUCUCUGACAGUCACAUUUGGGGGAUGACUCCUUUCUUUUCCACACCCCAGUUUUGCUGGUCUUUUCAUCAUUGGAAAGUGUAGGAAGGAUACAGGUAGGAAUUUUCCUAUGUGUUCUAUUUCCUGAUGGUGGAAUGGACACAAAAUCCAGGUGCCUGGCUCUCUAGAACCCAAUAUUAUAAAUUAGGAAAGAUUUGGGCUGGGACUGGGGGCCUUGGCUUCUAGUUCCUAGGAGACAUGGACCCGCUGAACCGCACAUGGAUCCCGAGUUUCCUUCUUGCUGGUUUUGCGGCCCCCAGGACGCUGCGGCCCCUGGCGUUCUUGGGCACGCUGUGCAUCUACAUCCUCACGCUGGCCGGGAACUUGUUCAUCAUCGUGCUGGUGCGGGCAGAUGCGGUGCUGUCCACGCCCAUGUACUUCUUCCUCAGCGUCCUCUCCUUCCUGGAGCUCUGGUACGUCAGCACCACGGCGCCCACGCUGCUGCACACAUGGCUCCACGGGCGCUCACCCAUCCCGGCCGCUGCGUGUUUCAUCCAGCUGUACGUCUUCCACUCCCUGGGCAUGACCGAGUGCUACCUGCUGGGGGUCAUGGCGCUGGACCGCUACCUGGCCAUCUGCCGCCCGCUGCACUACCACGCCCUCAUGAGCAGAAAGGUGCGGUUGUGGCUGGCGGGGGCCACGUGGGGGGCCGGCUUCUCUGCGGCACUGGUGCCAGCCGGCCUCACGGCCAGUCUGCCCUUCUGCUGGAAAGAGGUGGCCCACUACUUUUGUGACCUGGCCCCACUGAUGCGGCUGGCGUGUGUGGACACAGGCUGGCACGCUCGAGUCCAUGGAGCAGUGAUUGGUGUGGCCACUGGCUGCAACUUUGUGCUCAUUUUAGGACUCUAUGGGGGUAUUCUGAGGGCUGUGCUGAAGCUGCCAUCAGCGGCCAGCCGGGCCAAGGCUUUCUCCACCUGCUCCUCCCACAUGACCGUGGUGGCCCUCUUUUAUGCCUCUGCUUUCACAGUGUAUGUGGGGCCACCUGAGAGCCGCUCCAAGGGCACGGACUCGCAUAUCGCCCUGGUGUAUGCCCUUCUCACCCCUUUCCUCAACCCCAUCAUCUACACGCUCCGUAACAAGGAGGUGAAGGAAGCUGUCAGAAGGGUCGCCCAGAGGAUCAGGGCUAUGUUGGAGGGACCCUGAUGAUCUCUAUUGUCACAGCCCAGCUGCCUGGCCACAGUGGGAAGCAGCUGAUCACUCAGUCAGUCAUCUGGUCAG